AUGGAGUUAGAUAAAAUUGAACUUAAGCAUCACGAAGCCAACUCUCGAGCUCAGUUGUUAUAUGUAGACAAACACACGAUUAUUAAAAUUACCCGAAUUUCGUUUAAGGGGACGGCUAAGUUUGGCGAUCUAAAAUGUGACUCACUUCACACUAAUUUAAUAAGUUUAACGGAAUGUAGAAUAAAGGCAGUUAACCGUAGUUUCAACAUCGUUAAUCUGAAAUGCACUGUGAACAAGAAAAUAUCAGAAUUUCAGAUAAACUUUAAAUUAUUGAAGAGGGAACGUGGAGGCUGGCAUCCGUUUUUAUAUGAUAUCAAUGUUGACAUGUGCGAUUUCUUCAAACGCCCCUACAAAUUUAUGGUGUUUACCUUUUUUUAUAAAUAUGCUAAAGAUUACACAAGUAUGAACCACACCUGCCCCUAUUUGCCAAAUGUGGAAAUUGCGUUGUUAGAUUGGGGAAUUAAUGAAAAAGAAAUUUUACAGAAAUUUCCAGUUGAAAUCGGAGUAUAUGCUAUACACACAACUUGGUAUACGAAUAAGAAAUCAUUUUUGCAAAUUAAUGCAACAAUUGUUUACGAAUAGUGCACACAUAUAUUUUAUUAUACACAUUAAAAACA